AUGGUUGAAUCAACUCUUGAGACUCAUGUUACUCCUGCAGUUGGGAAUACUUCUGUUACUGAAACCAUUAAUUCAUCUCAUCCUCUUUACAUAGCACCAUCUGAUUCACCUGGUGCCUUACUUAUUAAUACUGUUUUCGAUGGAAAAAGCUUUGGGGGGUGGAAAAGGGCUAUGUGGAUUGCCCUCACUGCUAAGAAUAAAGCAGGUUUCAUUGAUGGAACUACUGCUGAACCUGCUGUUGGAUCUGAUCUUCAUCCUUCAUGGUCUAGAUCCAACAAUAUGGUUAUUUCUUGGUUAUUAAAUUCACUCUCAAGGGACAUAUCUGAAAGUGUCCUAUAUUAUCACACUGCUAAAGAUAUCUGGGUUGAACUUGAAGCCAGAUUUGGACAAAGUUCUGGAGCUAGAUUAUACCAACUUCAAAAAGAACUUAGUGACCUUGUGCAAGGUUCAUCUGAUAUUGCAGCUUACUUCACCAAAAUAAAACGUUUGUGGGAUGAAUUAGAUACCUUGGACUCUUUUAUUCCUUGUUCUUGUAUUUGUUCAUGUGGAGCAAAAGAAAAGAAUGUAAAAUUUAAACAGGAUGAAAGAUUAGUCAAAUUUUUGAUGGGAUUGAAUGACUCUUUCUGUGGGGCAAGGGGAAAUAUACUCAUGAUUUCACCCCUUCCCACUAUUGCUAAUGCUUAUGCCCUCUUGGUACAAGAGGAGAAACAAAGGGAAAUGCAAAAUACCCCUAAAUUCCCAGGAGAAUCAUCUUCUUUUGCUGUUACACAACAAAAUACCACAGGACAAAGAAAUUUCACAACUGACUAUAGAGUCCAAAGGGUUCACCAAACAUAG